AAUUAAUAUGAUAAUAGCGUAUAUAUAUAAAAAAACACAAUCCUGAUAAAUGCUUACUGAUCUCCUGCAAUCAUAUACCCUCUUUUCUCCAUCUCUGUCUCUCUUUCAGCGAAGCAAACAACCAUCCGCGUCUCUCCCCCGUUGGAUCAGAAGAGAGAGCACAGAGUCUCGCUUAACACACCAACCGCCAAGAAGAUGGUUGAAACCAGGCGCAGUUCCUCUUCCUCCAAGCGCCCUCUUCCUUCUUCACCUCCUCCCUCCUCCUCCAAAAGAUCUAAGGCGGCGGCCGUUACCGCAGCGGUUACGGCGGUGGCUUCAUCGUCAUUGAACGAAUCAACUGUGUCGCUGCCGGUCGAAACCCUAACUUCGGUCAAAGAAUCCGGCUCCAUACCUCGGGACCCUGAGCUGCAAUCGUCUGAUCCCCUUGUAACUGUCGUUUCAGAGCCGGUAUCUGCCGAUGCGGAGAGAUCUCCUGACCCUGAAGGCGAGGGGUUACUGUCCCCACAACCUCUAGGCGAAACAAAUUUGAAUGCUGCUGAGAUAUCCAAGGCAGUUGGUGCGACGCUGAGUCGGGGCAGGAAGCGACCAGCCAAAUCAGCUGUAGCAAAACCCGUGAAACCACUAGAUAAACUUGCUUGGGCCAAGCUGCUUUCCCAGUGUUCACAGUACCCUCACAAGGAAAUGCGCAGCACUCUUUUCACUGUUGGUCAAGGCCGUCAUUGCGAUUUAGUAAUUAAUGAUCCAUCCGUCAGUACGAUUUUAUGUAGACUAAAACAGUUAGAGAAUGGAGCUGCAUCAGCUGCUUUAUUGGAAGUAAUUGGGGGUAAAGGAGCAGUCCAGGUAAAUGGUAAACUCUUACAGAAACCGGGAAUGGUAGUGAUUAAUGGAGGCGAUGAAUUAGUGUUCAGUUCUUCUGGCAAGCAUGCUUAUAUUUUUCAACAGCUCACUAAUGAUAACUUAGGUGCUCCAGGCAUAUCAUCAGUAAAUAUCUUAGAAGCCCAAGGUGCUCCAAUAAAAGGGAUUCAAAUUGAGGCAAGAUCUGGGGAUCCCUCAGCUUUUGCAGGAGCAUCAAUAUUAGCCUCUUUAUCUGAUAUCCAAAAAGAUUUAUCUCUUAUACCGCCUCCUGCCAAAGCUGAUGAGGAUAUGCCGCAAAAUACUGAGAUUUCCACUGUACCUUCUCUGUGUGGAGCUCCUGAUGAUUGCAUUCCAGAGGUUAACAUGAAGGAUACAACAAGUAAUAAUGAGUUGGACGGAGUUUCUUCAAGGGAGAAAACUGUUGUUCCAUCCUCUAGUUCUGCCAGUCAAAAUCCUAAUCUUGAUAGUCUUGGUUUGGAUGCAUCUGUUGAUGUAGGAAACAGAAAGAUUGCUGGAUCACCAUUUGAGUUAAGGCCGCUCUUUCGGAUACUUGCAGGUUCUUCAUCUGAAUUUGAUUUAAGUGGUAGCCUUUCUAAAGUGCUUGAUGAGCCAAGGGAAAUACGAGAGCAACUGAAGGAUUCUGAUCCUCCAAUGAUUCUGAUGUCAACUAGACGACAAGCAUAUAAAGAUAGUUUACAGCAGGGAAUUCUGAAUCCCGAAAGCAUUGAUGUUUCAUUUGACAGUUUCCCAUAUUAUCUAAGUGAUACAACAAAGAAAGUUUUGAUAGGGGCUGCAUUCAUCCAUUUAAAGUGUGAUAAAAAAAUUCCAAAGUUUUCUUGCGAUCUUCCGACCGUGUCACCCCGCGUAUUACUAUCUGGUCCUGCAGGGUCAGAAAUAUACCAGGAGACUCUAGUGAAGGCACUAGCUAAAGAUGUUGGUGCUAGACUGCUAGUCAUUGAUUCUCUUUUGCUGCCUGGAGGAUCAGCACCAAAAGAAGCGGACUCUGUGAAAGAAGGUGCAAAGCCUGACAGAGCAUCCGUUUUUGCCAAACGAGCUGUGCAGGCAGCACUACACCAUAAGAAACCACCGUCUAGUGUUGAAGCUGAUAUUACUGGUGGCUCGACAAUAAGUUCUCAGGGCCUUCCAAAGCAGGAAACCUCUACUGCAUCAUCGAAAAACUAUACAUUUAAAGCAGGUGACAGAGUAAAGUUUGUGGGGCUAUCUUCUCUGCAACAUUCUCUAAGGGGACCAUCAAAUGGUUUUCGAGGCAAGGUCGUCCUUCCUUUUGAAGAUAAUGGAUCUUCCAAAAUUGGUGUUAGAUUUGAUAGAGCAAUUCCUGAAGGCAAUGAUCUUGGUGGUCUCUGUGAAGAAGACCAUGGUUUCUUUUGUCCUGCUAAUUCACUUCGCUUGGAUGGUGCUGGAGGUGAAGAUGUCGACAGGCUUGCUGUUAGUGAACUCUUUGAGGUUGCUCUAAAUGAAAGUAAACAAGGUCCCUUGAUAUUGUUUAUAAAAGACAUAGAAAAGUCUAUGGUGGGGAAUCAAGAUGCAUACACGGCUUUAAGGAGUAAGCUUGAAAAUUUACCUGACAAAGUUAUUGUAAUUGGAUCACAUACUCAAAUGGACAAUCGAAAAGAGAAGUCCCAACCUGGUGGCCUUCUAUUCACAAAGUUUGGGAGCAAUCAUACUGCUUUGCUUGAUCUUGCUUUUCCGGAUAACUUUGGUCGACUGCAUGAUAGGAGCAAGGAAACUCCUAAGACUAUGAAGCAGCUUGCACGGCUUUUCCCUAACAAAGUGGCAAUACAGCUACCUCAGGAUGAAGCUUUGCUUUUGGACUGGAAGCAGCAGUUGGAGCGUGAUGUAGAAACUCUGAAAGCACAGGCCAAUGUUGUUAGCAUUCGUUCUGUCCUCAGCCGAGUUAGUUUGCAUUGCACUGACCUCGAGACUGUAUGCAUUAAAGAUCAGGCCCUUACAACUGAAAGUGUAGAAAAAAUAAUAGGUUGGGCUUUAAGUCAUCACUUCAUGCAUUGUACUGAAGCUUCUGUUGAAGAUGCUAAACUUGUGAUAUCUACUGAAAGCAUUAAAUAUGGGCUGAGCAUUCUUCAAGGUAUACAAAGUGAGAGCAAGAGUUUGAAGAAAUCAUUGAAGGACGUGGUAACUGAUAAUGAAUUUGAGAAGAAACUAUUGGUGGAUGUUAUUCCUCCAAGUGAUAUUGGAGUGACAUUUGAUGAUAUUGGAGCCUUGGAAAAUGUGAAGGAUACUUUGAAGGAACUGGUGAUGCUUCCUCUUCAGAGGCCUGAAUUGUUUUGCAAAGGACAGCUUACUAAGCCAUGUAAGGGAAUAUUGCUUUUUGGGCCUCCUGGUACUGGCAAAACAAUGCUUGCUAAGGCCGUCGCAACUGAGGCUGGUGCAAACUUUAUCAACAUAUCCAUGUCAAGUAUUACUUCAAAGUGGUUUGGUGAGGGAGAGAAGUACGUCAAGGCAGUAUUCUCCUUGGCUAGCAAAAUUGCUCCUAGUGUUAUUUUUGUUGAUGAGGUGGAUAGCAUGCUGGGAAGACGGGAAAAUCCAGGAGAACAUGAGGCUAUGCGUAAAAUGAAGAAUGAGUUCAUGGUGAACUGGGAUGGUCUUCGUACAAAGGAUAAAGAACGAGUAUUAGUGCUUGCUGCCACAAACAGGCCCUUUGACCUUGAUGAGGCUGUUAUUCGUAGGCUUCCCAGAAGAUUGAUGGUCAACUUGCCAGAUGCACCUAACAGAGAGAAAAUUUUGAGGGUUAUUUUAGCGAAAGAGGAAUUGGCACCUGAUGUUGACAUUGAAGCAGUUGCAAAUAUGACAGAUGGUUAUUCUGGAAGUGAUCUAAAGAAUCUUUGUGUAACUGCUGCACAUUGUCCCAUACGAGAAAUACUGGAGAAAGAAAAAAAGGAGAGAACUUCGGCCUUGGUGGAGAACAAACCUUUGCCUGCAUUGUACAGCAGUUCUGAUGUCCGCCCUCUUAGAAUGGAGGACUUCAGAUAUGCACACGAACAGGUGUGUGCAAGUGUGUCAUCAGAGUCAACAAAUAUGAAUGAGCUUCUUCAAUGGAAUGAACUAUAUGGAGAGGGUGGAUCAAGAAAGAAGAAAUCACUCAGCUACUUCAUGUAGAGGAAUUUAUCCAAAAUGUGUAUAGCAAUCCAUGCUUUAGUUUAUUCUUCGUCACCUAAAUAGGUGGGCUAGAUUAGGGACACCCCUAUUUACGGGAUUCCUUUCCAGUUUCUGUCCCCUUUGUAUUAUAGAUAGGUUUUUCAGUUAUUUUCUGUAGAAAUUUCACAAUAUUUACCAGCCUUGUAAACCUUGGAGCUAGUGCCCUGACAGGUUUUUUUUUUUUUU